AUGGCCGAAGAUACCGAUCCUUUUGAAUGUCGUCUGAUCUUCUCGGACCUUCUCCAAAAGCUAAAUGCCUCUCAACAGUCCAUACACAAAGUAGCCAAUUAUGCUAUGCGUCAUCGCCGAUCAUCAGAGGAUCUAUACAACUGCUUACGGGAGGAACUUGACCAGGCGUCUUUAAACGCCCGUCUAAACUUGCUUUACGUACUCGAUGCUAUCUUAUCAGUCAGCCAGAAAUCGCGAUUCAAAGGCUAUAUCGAACUCACACGCAGAGAUUUCAUACCGAUUGUGCGCGCUGUCGUAUUGAACGAUGCCAAAGGGGUCGUCAAUCUGCCAAACACGCGAAAGAUCUUGAAUAACUGGAAACGCAAAGCCAUUUUUGAACCUGCUGCGUUUGAGGAAGUCGAUCGUUUACUGUCGGAAUCCGAUGCUAGUUCAGCUCAGACAGCGUCCUCGUCAGAUGGAUUUACAAAAGAAGAUAUAUUACGACGUAUGGAAGAAGACAGAGAACGCCAUAAACGGUUACGUGAAGAGAUCUGGAUCCGCCCGUCGGACGAGUCGGCAGAUGCCGAGUUUGAACAAAUCUGGGAAUCGACGCAAGCGCUCGAUCCGGAAACGGAUUAUGAGACGAUGAUGGUCCAAAACAUGCUGCGACUGCCGCAGUAUGCUUGGCACAUGAUGCUCUCUCAACGUACAUCAAAAACAAAUCAAAACGAUGAUACAUCCUGUACCUCAUAG